AUGCUGCGAGGUCUUGUCAAGCCGCUGCUGCGCACGCCGACGGUGCGUCGGCUCUCGACGACGACCGCGGACCCGUUGAAGAUCGCCUUCUUUUCUGCCCACAGCUACGACACCGAGUCGAUGCAAGCCAUGGCCAAGAACGAAGGUGUCCACGGCGACCUCCGUUUUUUCCCCCAUCGGCUCAACAUUUCGACGGCGCCGUUGGCAAGCGAGUGCGACAUUGCAGUGGCCUUUGUCAACGACACGGUGGACGCCCCCGUCUUGCGCAAGUUUAAAGACAUAGGCGUCAAGGCCGUCUUGCUGCGCUCCGCGGGGUUUGAUAUGGUCGACUUGGCAGCUGCCAAGAGCCUCAACUUGCCCAUUUUGAAUGUACCGUCGUACUCGCCGUACGCGGUCGCCGAGCACGCCGCUGGCCUCAUGAUGACGCUCAACCGCAAGUACCACCGCGCGUACAACCGGACCCGCGACUUCAACUUCAACCUCCAAGGGCUGCUUGGCUUUGACUUGCACGGGAAGACGGUCGGUGUCAUUGGCACCGGCAAGAUUGGCGCGCUCUUUGCCAAGAUCUGCACCGGCUUUGGCUGCAACGUGCUGGCGUACGACGUUGCUCAAAACCCGGAAGCCUUGAGCUACGGCGUCACGUACGCAAGUUUGGACGAGGUGCUCGCCGCCUCGGACAUUAUCUCGCUGCACUGUCCGCUCUUUCCGUCGACGCACCACGUGAUCAACGACACGGCGAUCGCCAAAAUGAAGAAGGGUGUCAUGCUCAUCAACACGAGCCGCGGCGGCUUGAUGGACACGGAGGCGCUCAUCCGCGGCCUCACGAGCGACAUCAUUGGCAGCGUCGCCUUGGAUGUCAUUGAAGGCGAGAACGGCAUCUUUUACGAAGACCACUCGGGCGAAAUCCUCGCCGAUGAGAAUUUUGCCAAGCUCUUUACGUUCCCAAACGUGCUCAUUACGGGCCACCAGGCGUACUUUACCCGCGAAGCACUCGACAACAUUGCAAAAACGACGAUGGACAACAUCAAGGCGGUCGCCGCGGGCGGACCGUACCCCAACGAAGUCAAGAAGCGAACGUAA